GCAAGUCUCCUUCCCUGAAAGCGAGCAGUGAUUACUUUGUUUCUUGGAAGAGCUGCAUUUUGGACCUCAUAAAAUUCUCAAAAAGGAGAUAUCUGAACUGUGAAUGAGUCACCUGCAAAUCUGCCAAUGGCUGCCCCUGGCUGGGUUAGUCAGUCACUGAGCCUCACCCCAUCUGGUAUGCAGUGCUUGACGCAUGGUAGGCCACCAACAAAUACUUGCUUUAUGAAUGAGAGAAAGUCACGUGUAAGGGUGGACAGCCUUUUAUAAAUUGUGCUCUAGGGGGGUCUCGAGAUAAUUUUUGAACUAAGCACUUCGUCUUGACUACUCUUGGACUAGGUUGGAAAUUUUACCAACGCCUUUCCAAUUCACUUGGCCUCGCUUGCAAUCACUGAGACGAGCUUCCUUUUACACCCAGGACCUUUACAGGCAUCUCUCCUCUUUCUGCUCAAGGGCAGUAACUGCCCACUGCUGUGUCCUCCACACGGGCUCUAGGGCCAGCGGUGAGAAGUAGACGGACUUAGGCUUCCGCCCCAGCCAAGGUCUCUCUCCAACCAGCCGCAAGGGCUGGGGACGUCUCUCUCCGUCCCAUCUGUUAUUAUCACCACUCCAGCCCCCCUCCCCCGCUUCACUCUUGGCGUCUCCUUUCCUGCCUCUCACAGCACUCCGCGCGUAAUACGAGCCCCUUCCUGCGAUCCCGCCACGCGCUUUCCCGCUUCCGCUGGGAGUUGGGGCCCGGGGCAGGGCAGGGGAGCACCGCUUCCGCGUUGGCGAGAGGCGUAGGCUGUGACGUCACCGCGCCCUAACGUCAGUCCGACGUGCAGCACGGUCUCCCGGGAGACCGGGAAAGCCGUUUCGCACCGGGUGGAGUCGAGGUCUAGAUCAUUUUGCUUCAGCACUCCCUCAGUAUAUUUUGAGAAAUUAUGGAUCGUCACAUUCCCAUGCAUGCGUUACCUGAAGAAAUCCAAAAGAUGUCCCCUGAAGAAAAAGUUUGUAAGUACUGUGGAGUCAGCUAUCUAAUACUUCAUGAGUUUAAAGCUAUGGAAGAAAAAAUGAAAGCGAUGGAAAAAGAGAUGAAAUUUUAUCAAGGAAGUGUAGAACGUGAAAAGAGACUUCAAGAAAAGCUGCAGUCUCUUAGCCAAGAUUUUGAACAGUACAAAGUUGACAAUGAAUCCAAAACAGAAAGAAUCCGAGAUGCAAACAUACAGUUAAUAAGUCAACAAAAUGAAUUUCAGAGAGUACAGAAAGAAUUGAGUCAUUUACAACAUGAGUUAAGUAUUAAACAGAGACAAUCACAAGUCUUCAGUAAAAGAUUGAUGGAGUACAAAUAUUCCUGGGAUAAGAUUCUUUCAUUCCUUACUUUUACUAAAAGGGAAAUAACCAGUAUAAAAAAUGAAGUAUAUGAUCAUUUUCAAAAUUGGACUUCACUGAAAGGAGAAGUUUUUCUUCAAAUUAAAGCCAUAAGUGAAAAAGCCUUGACAGAAAUAGAGAUACUAAAAAAAAAUUUGAUGGUGUCCCAAAGAAAUAAGGUAUGUCUUGAAGAGGAAAUGAAAAAUCUGAAGUUGUUGUCAGAUGAAGCUAUAUUGAGGUCUCAGCAGAUUCAGACAUCCAAACAACAGGAAGUAAACUUGCAAACCAGAUGUUGUGACUUGCAAAAAGAAGUACUAGAUUUACAACAUCUAGUAGAGGUACUUGAGCUAAAACUCCAGAAGGCAGUGACGGAGCUGGACAAAUAUAAAGAAAAGCUCAUGAAUAAAUCUAAUGAAGCUGAUGACUGUCAGAGAGAACUUAGAAAACUGAAGUUUGAAUCCAUUAUUUUUGAGUCACGCCACACCAGAUUGCUUAAAGAAAAAGAAGACUCUUUAACUGCCUGUCAACAAAUAUAUAAAACUUUACAGGAAGAACUGACUACAAAGAAAAGUCAAGAAGAAGCCAUAAAAAGAAGAAUUAACCUCGCAGAAAAUGAACUAGAGAUAACCAAAGCUCUUCUGAAUCAGACAAAGGAAGAGGUUAUAACACUGAAAAAUGAAAGGGAAUUGAUGCUGAUUUCACAUCAGAAAAGCAUCGAGCAGCUGCAGGAAACCCUCAGACAGGAGCUGUUGAAUGAUGAUAACUGGAGGGAGAAGAUUGAAGCCGAACUCACCAAGGAAAGAGCCCAACAUUUAGCUGAAUUUGAGGAGCAAGUUCUUCUCUUUAAAGAAGAAGCUAAACUGGAACUUGAUAUAGAAAAGGAAAAACACCAAGAAAUAAUCCAAAAAUAUAAGAAAGAACAAGAGGAACUGCAAAUGAAGAUAUCUGACUUAAUCUCAGGUGCUACUAGAGAUCUAAAGCUGGAAGUUGCCAAUCUUGAAAAAAAACUCCACGAAUCCCGGGUCCAGUAUACCGAAGAAUCUGAGUCAAAGGAGAAGGAAAUUGAAAACCUUAAAAAUUUGGUUGCAGAAUUCGAAUCUCACUUGAAAAAGGAAAUUGACAAUAGUGAUUCUGUUUCAGAAGACUUGAGGAAGGAAAUAAAACAGAAGUCAGAUGAACUGGAAAAAGUAAUGCUGGCACAAACACAGCUGAUACAGCAAUUUAACCAGUCCCAGGAAGAGAACACUUUUCUUCAGGAAACAGUGCGUAGGGAGUGUGAAGAACGCUUUGAACUGACGGAAGCUUUGAGUCAAGCCAGAGAACAGCUCCUGGAGCUCAAGAAGCUCAGUGGAAGUUUACCGUUGUCACCGUGUUCCCUCAGCCAGGGCAGCCUAACCUCUGCUGCUGUGGUCAGUAAUCAGGGAGAGAGGAGCCUCGGAAGACUGAGCUCCGAAAAAGGCAUCAAAAUCCCCAGCCUGCAUGGAGCGUCCAAACCCACCACUUCCCCAACCUCAGGUCAGCCCAAGGGGGUCAGCAGCUCAAGUUUGCCCACUCUCCCCCACCCACAUCCUCCCAAGGGUCGAGCAUCUUCAGUAAACGAGACCAGACACAGGCUGGCUGCCCUUCUGCGGAGGAGACUGACUCAGCAGUGAUUGAUCCAGUCGGGAGCAGCUCCACACGGCUUGCCUGGUCUUUCUCAGAGUGCCGGAGACACUGGUAACUGAGGGUGACAAAGAUCAAAUUAGUAUCACAGACCAAGAAUGCCUGCCUAUAGAUAUUUUAAACAAGAGAAUUGUAAAAGCUAGGAAGUGGCAAAGCCACAUUUUCCAGGAGGCCUUUGAAAUUACAACAGAUAAUGAAGUUAUUGGUAUUCCAGAGGGCCAAUUUCUAUAGUUUUGUAUUGUAUGUUUAGAUGUGCUCUAUGAACAUGCCCUUUUAGAGAUAAUAGGUAAAAUUUUUCACCCAUAGCAUCUUUUUUAUUUUUGUGUGUGUGUCAUUACAAGCAGAACUAUCCCUAGAAGAAAUAGACUGUAUUGCUUUUGUUGCUGUUUUUUUAAUUUGUUUGUUAAGUUGAAUAGAUUAAAUAGAUAGAUGUAUUUAGUAUUCUAAAUAGAAAAUGAAAGUACUUUAUUCCUUAGAUAGUUUCCAAAUCGCUUACUUCAGAUAUUCAGUGUUCAUCAUCUUCGUCAUCACCAUCUUCUCUUUUCACCUCACAAUCUAAUUGGUGAGUCCUAUUUCUUUUUAGGCUAGAUCAGAAGUAGUGAUAGCUAACCUUUAGGAAGACAGUCUUCCCUGGGGCGCUGGAGAUCUAGAAAAAGGAAUAAGCAACUCCAAUUCAAGGAAAAGGUGCUUUACUUUUCAAACUAUAGAGAUCAUUUUAGGAAACAGCCCGGCCAUGAAAAUAUUACUCAGUAGAGAGUAUUGAUUGAUUUCUGGCACUCAGGGUUUUUUGAUUUGAGAGUUUAGUAGAGGCACAUAACACUAAUUUGGGGUUCAAAUUUUAUCACCCCUAAAAAUGGGUAAUUGGUUAACAUGUUUUCUGUUUUCAGAGUGAAAAAUUAAAACCAAGAACCAGUCCAGCCAUUUUAAGUUAUCUUAAAGCUUCAGGCUUCUCCUGUUUCUUAAAACACUACUUGUUACCUUCACCCAGUGUUCAUCCAUCUUUUUCUCCAUCUGAAAGAAGUGUAUUUUUCUUCCAAGACUGGCCUAAUUUAAAUCCUUCAUCUGACUGCAUCAAGGACAUCUAGGUUUCUUACUCCCAGAUUCGAAUGAUAGUAAGACAUGUGAAAUAUGGCAGGUAAAACUCUCUGCUAUUUGGCUAUCACACUGAUGAGAGAGUCCAAAGGCACUUGGAAUCCCUCCCAUGUGUAAAACAGCUAAAGUUUCUAAGCAAAAUCAAGUUCAUCUACAAUCUCUCAAAGACUCGAUCUAAUCUACCAGCAGUAGAUGUUUUGUUCUAACCUCAAAAUAGUUCCACAUUUGGUCCACUGAUUUCCUUGACCAGCUGAAGUGAGCACAUCCUGAGUUAAGGCUUAGGAUGCUUAUUUUUGGUUUACAGAGAUUGAUGUUCCUUAUAAUGGCAUUUGACAAGAGAACAUCAUAGAACAUCUCUUUACAAAUAAAGAAUAGAUGCCCAAAGAGGUCUGACUUGUCCACCAGUUGGUGACAGAGCUAGAACCAGAACCAGUGUUACCUGACCCCAACCUUCUCCACUCACCAGAGAUGCCUUGGCCUCCUCCAUCAUGGCUUUUGUCGGAAGCACCUACGCUGUAUUAACCUGAUAUUUUCUUUAAAUGAACCCUUUUUUUAAUCUCAAAUUUAUGUAAAAAGGAAACUUGACCCAAGGAUGAAUCAGUGUGAUGAGGUCGAUUUGCUAGUAUGUUUUUCUCUAAUACACUUUAAAAUAGAUGUGUAUCUAUUAAAAUACUAAAUGUUAGUUGGUAUACCCCCUAAAAUCAUAUAUAAUGUCAGCAGUAGUCAUGCCAGGCUCCAGAGACCACUGCACUAGACCUCUAUGUUUCUGCUCUGGUGUUUACAUGUUUAAAUUAUAAAUACUCAUGACAUAAGGUAGAUGGCAAAAGCCAGUGAAAGCUUUGGCAAAAGCAUAAGAGAAUAUUUGGGGCAACAGUUUUUAUUAUGUGAUUAUGCAUGCUUUUCCACAGUCUUGCAAUUACAGCUCUCUCCUCAAAAACCAUAGGGAUACAUUUUUCCUAAAUUAUAAACCUAUUUAAAUUUAUAAAGAUAGUCACACAUAAACUUUUCGAAAGGAUGUAAAGACUGUCAGUGCAAAACCUGGUUUCUUGGUUUGUUGUUACACUCUUGCGUUUACAAUGAGUAAUUCUAUAAGUAAUCAUUCUGAGAAUAGAAUCAUGAUUUGCAGUAAGUUAGGUUGUGUUAUAUUCCAUAAGUUAUAUUCCACAAGUAUACCAGAGAAGGAAUUCCAUAAACAGGGAGACAAUAUUUAAAUUUAUUUCAACCUAGACCUUGAAUGGUACAGUUUAAGCUGUGCGCCUAUAUUUUUGAAGAAAGACACUAGAGUAUGUGACCUGGGGGUUAAGAACACCUUCAGAUCUUCCUUGACUUUUUCACUGAUGAGCAAACUCCUGACAUAAAACAGUAUCAGCAAAAUUAAGAAAGUAGUAAAUAUGACAAAGUAAGUCUCUCAAAUUCAUAUAAUGGAUAUUAAGUUUUAAUUUAUAGACAUACCUUUUGCAUGACCUCAAUAAAAGGAUUUAUAGGUUCCAAAAGAAAAGAAUAUCAUAGAAAAUAUUCCUUAGGGAAUUAUAACCCUAUUUGAUUUUCUUCUUUAACUCCUAUGGGACAAAGGUGAGAGAAUUCCCCUAUAGUUAACAUAGAUUUCUCAAGCAGUUUUUUAGUUUUGGAUUAAAUUACUAUAUUUAUAGUCAGAGCUACUUAAAAGCUAUAUUUUCUGGCAAUGGUAUUGAUUGGAAGACAUUAAUACUGAAAAUUAUGUAAGACUAAGAAAUUUUAAUGUUCUAUUAGUCUAAAAUUUAUUUAUAAUAUUAUAGAUAGAUUAUAGCUAAUUUCUUUGAUUAGGAACAGAUUUUCUCAAGCUUCAGUUUUAAAGUUCUUAUAAUUAUUACAAUAUUGUACCGACAGAACAGCCUAGUAUCCUAAAAGUGUUAAUACACUGCAGCUGACAGUUCCUAGUCAUUGUGUUGUAUAUUCUUGAUCACAAGAAAUCAAUUGGGUAUAUUCCCAAGGUUCACAAAUCCUAUAAUGAUUAUGGAUAUUUAAAACUUUUUUACUUUCAUGUUUUAAGAAAACAAUUAAUGGACACUGUAUCUUACACAGGACACCCUCAAUUGUCCCCAACCCAUGACAGACAAUAUUGGAUAAUUCCUGAGGUGUUGUCUAUGGUAUCUUAAGGAAGAAAUUCUGCUUUUUCUUUUGAAAUAUUAACUCUGUGUAGUAAUAAAUUGUAAAGCCAAUGUGACUGUGUGAUUGUGUUAAAUCUUUAGAAUCUUAAGUGUGAACAUAGCAUGUUUGUAUAUUUUGAAUUCAUAUGUAAAAUUUUCUUAGCACAGCAGUCGAAUCUGAAACAUAUUUAUCCUAUGACAAUAUUUACCAUGAUCUAGAAAGUCAGAAGAAUUUUCUCUUCUCAAGCAUUUAUAUAGCAUAGUACUUUAUAUUCACUGAGUAAAAAAAAUUACUAGAUAGCCCUAACCCCCAAACACACACACAACACACACACACACACACACACACACACACACACACACAAAUACUGGGUCACGGAGAUUAAGUAAUUCGCCCUAAAUAAAUACUAGAUAAGA